GUUUCAGGCUCAGCGAGUUCCUCUGUUUAGAGAAGUAUCAAGUCUUUGGUCUUCCUUGGUUCAUCAACACUAUUGAUGGGCUGUUGUACCCCAACGACCUGGUUACUUACAGAGGAAGAAGCGCACAAUCAUGAUGAUGAAGAGUCUGAGUUCUCUCGUGCCUUGGUUUACUGUUGUGGUGUUCGAAGUGAGUGUGACGCGCGCGGGUGGCACACGUUUACGCGCACACUACGACCAAGGAGGAGAAGGAGCCUUGACAUCUUCGAGAUCCUCAACACGUUCUGCAGUAGAAGCUUCAGCAUCUUCGAGAACAUCAACGCGUCAUCAUGCUGGUUCAGAACGUGUGGCUCGAGGAACCCCAGCACCUCCUCCAACUCCAUCGGACUGGAAUAGUACAACUCGACGCGCAGUGAUUGAGGGACAGCUCGAUAGUACCCGCAGAGCAGCAGUUGGUUUAGCUUCAGGUAAUGGCAAUACCCCAGGUACUAGUGGUAGGAGAGGUGGACCGCAUGGGAAUACUGCUCGAGCAGGCUAUCCCAGUGUGCCGAUGCCUUUAUCGUCGGCUAGGAGUGGGUACUACGGAGGAGGGGAAACGACGUCUCGAGGACAGAUAUUAAGGCUUUUGCAACACCAUCAACACCAUGUUCUUCCUCAGACGCAUGUCUCUCUGACUCGCUUUCGAUGAGUAGAGGUCAAAGAUGCUCUCCAAGAUGAAGAAAGGGAAGGUCUAAAGAUAGCUAACAACGGAGCCCGCACUCAUGGCAGUGGAGAUGGAGGACAGACUGCAACAACUUCUCCUGGUAUUAGAGAUUUCAAUUUCGAAAAUGGAUAGAUACGAGGAAAAGCAGGGAAACGACCUACCAUUUUUCAGUCAUUUCGUUCCAAGAUGUUUCCAACUAUUAAUCAUGUGUACAACUUCUAAAAAUGCAGCAGGUCUCUCCAAUAGUGAUCCGUCUGCUAGUGCGGAUACCACAACCGUCACACAUACUACAACCGUCACACCAGGUGCAGUGACUCCAGUGAGCGCAGUCUCAUCUCAAUCACAUGGUACGCGAAGUAGAUACCCAGUUUCCUCGGGUCCGGAGUUUCGACCUUUCUAUCCAAAUAACGCUGGAGGCCACGGAUUAGGAAGUGAAUUAUCUCCUCGGCAAGCAGGGUCCUCAGCUCAAGGUCAAGGCUCUACGGCUUCAAAUCCAGGUCAAGGAAGUCAAGCAGGCUCAUCAGGAGGUCGUCAAUCAGGUGCCUCACACCAAGCGCCGGUUGCACCCGCGGGUCAAGUUGCUGCUGUGCCUUCAGGGCCGGCUGCCACUUCCGAACAUCAAGCGGCAGUUGGACAAGCAGUGGCGCAGCAGCAGCAGGCACCCUCCUUGCAGGAGGUCGUGCCACAACUCUUCACUCGUAGACAUAGACAGAGGCGACGUACGGUGGAUGAAGUUCUCAGCCAGCGUGUUUCCAGCGAGGCUUUACGUGCACUGAUUCGGAGAGCUUUGUCGGAGCUGGAGCAAAACUUGAACGUCGGAACAGCGAUGCAUUAUGUUGAGAAGUCUUCAUGACUCGAGUAUUUAGUGUUAGAAGCACUCCGCCUCCUUCCGUCCGUUUUGUUUUUUCCUAGUUAGGCUGGCUCGGCCACCAUAUUAGGUUGAUUUCCCUCGUCCGAGUCCUAGUUUCAACGAACUAGGAGCAUCAUGUAAAUUGACUGAUUUUCAUCUUUAGUGUUGAUCAAGAUCAUUUCUAUACCGACUUUCCAAGAACUGUGGUUGCUAAUGUAAAUUUAUAGAAAGUCGGCGCAUGAUAGGCUCUCCAUAGGAGGUACCUUUACACUGAAUGGCCUCAUAGGUAGACGCGAAAUGCUACAAAAGAGGUACCAUGGCAUGACGUAAGUAGUAUGAACAGAUUUUCUAUUCAGCCUUCAUAGAUGAGGCCGGACCGCUACUCCGGCAGUGUGGCGGAAUAGUCGUUUUCUAUGCAACAUGCUGGUCGAUUUGGUCGAGUUUCAUGGUGGCGGAGCCGGGUUGACACAUGGUGCCCUAGUUGCGUGGGCUGCGGCGAUAUUGGUUAAGAGCGGGAUCACUUUGUGAGACACUUAUAUUAAGUGAAGAAGGCGAAGUACGAGUAGAAUCUUAAUACACAAGGAAGUUUUUUACUACAUCAGACAGCUGCAGCAUGUGCAUGAUUACAGAUAUUUUUUGUUUUCCUUACACUCACAUCGAACAUCUUCAUGAUCUUCUAUCAGUAUUAGUCUCCGUCUAGUUCGAUCAGUCUCCUUGUCCUAGUUUUCUACUUCAAAAGGUCAGCCUCCGUCUAGUAGUCUUCUAAAUCACGAGAUAACUCUCCUUCUAACUCCCAGGGACAGGCAUCGUUAGAGCCACUUGGAGAGCCUGUUCGCUUGAGGCUCAUGCCUGAGGACGCUCUACGGAAGAUAGACAAUGGCGGUUUCUGUUGCGUAUGCCAAAACAAAUUGCUCGAAGAGUCUGAGGGAGAGGAUGAAGGAGAUGACGAAGAAAGGCAAGCGCAAGAUGCAGGCGGUGCUGAUGAAGAAAGGCUGCAAGAUACAACAGGUGCCGCUGAUGUACAAGGUUUAGGUGCUGAUGUACAAGAUACAACAGCGGCUGCCAGAGACGAUGACUCCUCAUCUUCCUCUUUCGAUGUAGUAAUUUUGGGCAGACCAUUCGUCAACUGCAUUGAAUCGCGAAGUCAGAGUCACGAAAGCACGGGGGCGAAAACUGUGGAGUAUCGAAAUAACCAGGUAGGUGCACAACUAGAACGAAAGGAAAAGAAGCCUGAAACAAGGAAAAAGAAGCCGCAUGCUUUGCGCGCGAUUGAGACGGCAGUACAGCUAUGGGCUAUUAGAACUAAAUGCAAUAUUAAUCUUAGGUUAUCUUCAAUUCCAAAUCUAACUUUCCCCUUUUCAUCCUCUUCUCCCCCUUGUCUUGUACCCAAAGUUUUUGUAUCCUCUAAUGUUCCUAAUCACCUAUGCAGUAGCUUUUUCUCCUAGUAUAUUUAAGCCGUCUUAUCCCGCCUGCUCUAAUGUCUCUGACCAAUUGUGCCUGCUUGGGGAGUAAUAAGCCCUGUUAUCACCUGUCUUGCUGGGAGCAGCUAAUGCAGAACACAGCUGGAGGAGGGCAGUGUUCGUUUUGCCGUAAAAAGUUCGGGUUGGGAGAAAUUCAAUGGGAGGAUUUCUUAAGGCUCGUCAUGAUUCAUCUCCACUGAGUUUUUGUAAGUAUCUCAUUUUUCUCAGUUUUCUUCUCGGACUCUGAGAAUACGAUCAUGAAACGUGAAUAUUUUCGAGCUCUAAACUUCGAGGAAGAGGAUACUAGACGGGAUGGAGAGGACACCACAGGUGGACCAGGAGGUCGAGGACAUGGAGCUGGAAGGAAUAGCUUUUAAGAAAGAAUUUUUUAGUAACAGGACUUAUUUCAUCGUCUAUGGAUUUGUGUUUUGGUCUAUAAAAGUGAGUAAGUCCUCGUAAAGCAAUAGUAAAGAAGCAAGUAGUGGUUGUACUGUAACGACUUCGAUGCCAUCAUUCGGAUCCUACACGUCUCUUCUUCUAUUUUGUUGAACAACUCUAGUUGUAGAACAUCUCUGGUACAACUAGAGGGAAUCUCUAAUCCAGGAACAAAGGUUCAUCCUCCUCAGCACGAGGGGCACAAGGAACUACACCAGCUUCAUCUCGAAGCACAGCUGCCGGAAGUACACCCAGUGGAGGAGGAAGUGCAUCGAGUUCAAGUGGAGCAGGAAGUGCAGGAGGAGGCGCCAGAACUGCGAGAAGUACAGCUUCAAGUGCUCUGCAGCAGUCUUCAAGCUCGAGUCGCGUUCAACAAGGAGGCUCAGCAUCUUUAGGCUGGUCGAGAUGAAAAGAGCGGUAGUGAGUGUGCUAACCUACAUGUUUGAUGAACUUCAUGUUUUCAAGCUUUCGACUAAGAGUCAGGCAACAUAGAACGGACCAAUCUGUUCAUGUUGGACUUUGUCUCUGCAAAAACACAAACAAACGAACCGCGAAUCACGAACGAAGCGAUUGAGAUUCCUCUAAUACCAAGUGGCCAAGGCCAACAUCAACAACAACAAAGUGCUACAUCCUCAGCUUCAGCAGGACGUAGUGCCUUUUUUCCAGAGCAACGGAGUGCCGCGAGAGAUUCAACAGCUCCCUUUCCGAAGGCUCUUCCUACAGGAGGCGGAGUGGAGCGGCCUCAAGUAAAUGCUGCUCCGCGACCUAAACGUAGCGGCGUGCGCAUUCGGAACGCGCCACUUUACGGUAACGCGGCCAUGGAGGUCUCUGAACAGCAACAGGGUCAAUAUCAACACCACUUAUGGUUUGCGAUUGAUACGCGUCACGCUUUUGCACAGGACCGCUCGGUGGUGGGUCUUGAUUUAUCGGAACUCGCUCGCACUACAAAAAACAAAAAGAAUGGGUUAUAGGGUCACAUCAAGGGAAUUGAAUCUACUAGGGCAUAGGGUUUUAGUGAGAUACUGACCAUACUUACCGUGAGCUCUAAUUCAACAGUGGACGAACUCUGCUUAUGUAGGAUACCAGGGAGACUCUACCUCUCUAGAUCCACCACAUCACGUGACGCACCAAAGACGCAACCUGUUAUCCGAUCAGCGGAGACGAAGCCAUCAACAUGGUCUUGCGGGACCUCAAGCUCAAUUGUUAGGGUUUAACACCACCUCCUGUAGUUGUGGUCUAUUUUGAUAGUACUAGUUUACAUAACAUUUACUACAGCUGCCCUUUUCUAAAAGUAAUCCUUUGUCGUGCCUCAGUACUAUGUAUAAGGCUACUAAUAUAAAUAUUUAUAUAUUUGUUUAAAGCUUUCGUUCGUUCUCAGAGAUUUACUUGCAUCGAGUAUACCCAAAAACACUGUGUUUUUCAGACCCUUCGUUCUCAGAUGGUUACUUGGAUUGAUUAGAUCCCAAGAACACUUUAUUUCCUUUUGGGAUUAUUGUCUGUAGAAAUAUCAGGAACGUGGACUAACGCCUCUAAGCCAAUACCAGACGAACCAGACCAAUAUGCAGUUUCUGGGUUCUGUGCAGGUGUCACAUCAAGUGCCCUUUCCUAUCGCACAAGACGUGGCUUCUUCUCACAACUAUCUACUCACGGAUGGGCAACAUCAGCAGCUAUUAAACGGUUUGAUGAAUACUGGCGAUGUGCAACAACCGCUACCGCAUCAACAACCGCAUCAACGAAGCCAUACGUCUUUUCAUGGCAAUCAGAUUAAGGCCUGAUUUCAUAUACCUGGCAAUAAGCUCAUAUUAGAAUAAAACUAUCUCGUCUUGCCAGUGGUAAAAGAUGACCACCGAAGAGGUAUCUAGGACGACGAUGAUGAUGGUGAUGGUGAUGAUCAGGGUAUAAUUGGAUAGCAAUUCGCCUUCGUGACUCAAGCUAGAUGAGCUAGUCGCUAUUCGCUUUCACCCUCUACACUACAAGCCUGGGAGAAGAAGCUCUUCAUGAACAUGACCAUGUACUUCAAGAAUUGUAGUAGGGUUAGCAUUCUUUUUACCGCUAAAAAUCACAACCCUACAAGAAACCAACAACAAUUUUUUCACCCUCUAAAAAUGAUCACAACUACCCGUACUCGUUCUCGGUCAAUGUGCCUCCUGGUGUGUUUCCACUAGCUCAAGAGGACCAAUCUGGUGCCGUUCAACCGAUAAUCUUCUUUACCUCGUAAAGGAUUGAACCGGUGGAGAAGAUUAUCGAUUGAAAGGAGCAAGAAGAGGUGGCAUGACUGGAGCAAGAAGAGGUGCAGCACACCGCAUAUUCUAGGGAUGGAAAGUACUACUACCUUGUAGUUUACCUUUAUAGAGUCUUAGAAAAAAAUCUUCAAUUCGAAUACUCUAUUGAAGAUUUAUUGAUAUUCUAUUUUGAUAAUUACACUUUUAAUGAUCUCUUUAAUUAAAUGAUGGGUGUGUAGACUAUGCGGUUAAUGUGAUGCAAAAAUAGUGAUGUGUGGACCGUGUUUCGCGAAGACUGUGUCUUGAGAAAUCUAGUACGUAUAUCGCCAAAACUUCCAAAGAAGGCAAAAAGAUUGGCAAGGACAAUUUUGGAACCUAGAAGAAGCUUUUAACUAUUGCCUGGAGAAUAUAUGAAACUCAUUGUAUUGGAAAUCGUGUCUGAGAAACGCUAACACAGAGAAGAACUGUAAGUACUCCAUAGGAGAUUGAGAUCUACUACUUCAUGGCUUAAUCCUCGCAAGGCACUCGACGUGAGUGCGAUCACUUACCCACUAGUCAUUCCAGUCUAUGAUUGUUCUCUAUGCCAUCCUCUGCUACGUUGUCUUUUGAAAUCUUUUCCGUUUGCUAUAGAUGGUGGCAAUAAGUAAAUGAGUAUAUUAUAUUUUUUUGAAAAAUCAAUCAUGCCAUGUGUUUGCACCUGAUGAUGAUGAUGAUGAUGAUGUGUGUUUUUGUGUGCAGAAACCUCGAAAGAUCCUCCUAAACCCUGAACGUUUAGAAAAUGACCUUGAUAGUAAGUUUAGAAAAUGACGCAAAAAGACUCUAAAUCUUUCUUUCCAAUUAUUUCCUCUUUGCUCUUCUCAUCAACUUGUCUGAAUAUGUUCCACCAGUCUCGUGUCUCAC